UACACGAUACCAACUCCAACCUCUGCUUCUCCCUUGACGAUUACUGCGACUUCGGCCCCAAUUUCUUCUACCGUAAUUGCCCCGGCGUAGUUAGUUCUGCAGAUCGAGAUAGUUUGAGCCGAACCUUUACUCUCCCAGUGCACAUCAAAGAAAGGUGGAAGUGAGACAAUGGACCUGAUUGAUUGCAGAAUAAAAGUUUGGUAGCCAGUGGACAAGCGCCAAAUCAAUUUGUGGGCUGUCUGGAGAUGGAUUACAUGUGGAUGUUUUAUGGAGUAGUGAAGUCUUAUGACUCUGAACAUAAGAAAUAUGUGGUACUGUAUGAUGAUGGAGAUGUGGAAGUGCUCCGUUUAGAUAAAGAGCGUUGGGAGCUUGUUGACAAUGGUCACAAGCCUACAAAGCAGUUAAAUUUAUCGAAAGGUCUAUCUAAAAAGGGAUUAUUGUCUGAGAAGAACAUCUACAAGGUUGAGGAACUUGCUCGGUUAUCGUUAAUACAACUCCUGUCUAUAUUGAUGUGGAUGAUGGGCGGAAGAAGCAAGGUAGAGGGUGGCUUAACAAGUGCAAUUUCAACAAACUUGAAUGAAGAAGGCCCUUUGCCCUCUAUAAAAUUGGUCAGAAAACAAUUCGGUGGAGACAAAUUUUGGAGAUAGGACAGUGAAUAGAAACCAAGACGAAGAGGAUGAUAUUCAUGAUCAAGAAGACUCGAAACCAAUGGAUGAAAGGGCAUUUUGGAGGAAGACAAUUGUUCAAACCUUGAAGAAAAACAAGAACAAGAAAAAAUAGAAGAAAAUGAGCCUUUUAAAGGAAAAAGCAAAUUGAAGAGUGACAAAACAAAGGAGGAAAACAUAGGAGAAAGGGUGGACAAGUGUGAAAAACUUAAGACAUUUGAGGAGUUCUUCAUGGAUAAAUUUAAAUCCAUUGGAAAUGAUCUCAUCUUUUUUAUUCCAAUCUUGUACACCCACAUGCCAACUUCUAUCAUUUCAUUGGAAGUAGCAAAAAAGAUGAUUAGAGCUCUUGAUCUGCUAAAAUCAUUUCGAACUUUGCUACGUACUGAUGUUGCUGCAAAUAAGUUUUUGAGAGAACUCAUUAAUGGAACUGCAGAUGUUAGGAACAGGAUUAAUGGAUU